AUGAGCACACUUGUUCGCAACACCACCCUCACCUUCAGCCGCAGACGCAGAUACGAGAUUCUGGGUCUGCAGGGCAAAGACAAGAUGCUCAAAUCCAUCAGCUACAGACGCAGAAGGGCCAAGCAAAGACAAAUCUUUCUCACUACCUACAAGCUAUCUUCCUUGGACAGUAACACUUUUGUGGAGCCACAAAAGCCUAAGCUAAAGCUGAAGAAGGUUGCUAUUAAGGUCAAGAAGAUUAUGGCCUCGGUUUUGAUGUUCAUGCGAGUUGGUUCUGUCAGGUCCUGCGGUUCUAGUUCUGCUAUUUCUGAUGCAUCUUCGCCAGUACCUAAUAGGAAGAACUUUUGA